AUGCGGUUUGCCUUACUUUUCGCAUUUACCAGCUUGGCAGAAGCUAGCAAUGCUUCCUUGAAUAAGAUCCUAAAGUCCCUAAGGGAUGAGCUUCAUUACGAGACGAUUCUGCUUUUUGUAAGUAAUCCCCAAAAUAAUACCUGUUGGGAGCAAAGCAACUUUCAAGAAGAGGUUCCCAUUUUGAGCUUCAGCGAAUAUCAAAACGUGUAUCUAAAAGAUAGUUUCAAUUCCAAGAUACUAGUACUCGCUUGCCUGGACAGAAAUGAAAAGGAUACGCUUAAAUCACUGUAUAGCAAUCUCCAAGAUUUGCGAGAUACUCCCACCAUAAUUUUCGCAUCUUUUGAAGAACAAAUAAGUGAUUUAUUUCUGCGCUGCUUCCGUGCACAUAUGCUCAAUGUAUUGGCCUUUAAGUGCUCAAAUAGAGAGAUCAUCUACAGCUUUCAGGCAUUUCCUAAAUUUCGGCUUAUAAAACGAAGAGUAAUGGACAUCAUUCAGUACUUCAAACCACAACUCUCGGAUCUGGGGGGCCACAGUGUGACGACACUGCCUGAUAACGUAAUGCCCCGAACUGUGACCUACAGAAAUGCAGAUGGAGAACGCCAGUUGGGUGGAUAUCUCAGCCACUUCAUCCGGAACUAUGUGAGCACCAUAAACGCUACUCUCAAAAUUUGCUGGGACCUUGUUCCGGAGGAGGAAGUCAUCACAGAAUCAGCGAACAUAAGUGUUGACAUUCCUUUGGACAUUGGCGGUCUUGACCUAACAACAUUGAAACAGGACGUCAUUAUGGAAAUCUCCAGCUGGUUCCUGAUGCUGCCAAUGGAACCCUCCCUUCCUCGAGCUAGAUUCUUCCUUAAGUUCGGCUUGUACAGGCUAAUACCCCUGAUGUUGGUGGUAGCAAUAGUGCUAAAUAAUGCCCAUCGGAUAGACGAGGGGUUGAGCCCGAGCUGGCGUUGCAACUUAGUGGGAAGCAAAGUCGUGCGGGGACUCCUGGCACAGCCAUUUACCCUGCCCCGAAGACUAUCCCCGAAACUCAUGUUUGUCUAUUGGUUGCUCCUGCUGAGUGGUUUCUUCGUGAGCAACUACUUUAUUGGCUUCCUCGCGACUUGGCUCGUGCAUCCGCCAGCUCUUGAUCCAGUAAAGGACUAUGAUCAAAUGCGCCGCCUGAAGCUAAAAAUCCUAACCACCCCAGCGGAACUGGACUACUUGAAGACCAAAAUGGGCGAAAAAUUUAUAAAAGAGCGAAUAGAUGUAUUUCAGAUCACCACUUCGACGGAUUUCCAGACGAAGCGCAUCUCGAUGGAUCAAUCUUAUGCCUAUCCAGUAACAUACACCUUGUGGCCCCUUUUGAAGCAUUCACAAGUCAGACUCCGUCGACCCAUAUUCCGACGAUCCAAAGAUAUAGUCAUGCUGCCGUUCAUCAUUAUGGCUAUGCCCCUGCCGAGGAACUCAAUAUUUCACAAGUCUCUCCAUCGAUAUAGGCUACGAACUUUCGAGAGCGGACUAUAUACGUUUUGGUUCAGAGAGAGCUUCUACGAACUGCUAAGCCUGCGAAGGAUCACCUACAAGACAGAGGUGCAUCAUGAGGCGUAUUCUGAUCUCAAGUGGCAGGACUUUAGUUUUGUUUGGCUGGGCUUCGCAGUAGGCACUAUCACAAGUUUCCUGGUGUUCCUUAUCGAGAUUGGAUACCACAGGUGGCAAGCGAAGUCCUUGUGUAUAGGAACGAACUAG